AUGCCAGAACCCCCUCAAGUAGCGCUUGAGCCGCUUCCCAAAACUUCAACAGCUUUACUGGCCAUGGCAGAUCGUUUCAAGUGUCCCGCUUUGCCCCGCUACUUCCUAUGUUUUGAUGCCUACAUCCGUCAAGGAACAUGGUGCGCACAUGCCACACUUCUCUUCAACAUCGACACCGAGGACAUUCUCAUGACGGAAGCCGAGAAGCAUCAAAGCUUGGCUUGGCUUUCGGAGAAGCUCACCAUGACCGAGAGGAUGAGGGGACCGUCAAGAAACAAGGUCGUGAGGGCAGUGCAAGAGAUGAUCGACGGCACCAACAAAAACAUUGACCACGCGAUGAUAUACACGGCCCUCUUGCGGUAUCGUUCGGAUCCCCCUCUCAUGUGGAGCAAGAGGCCAAUCAUUGCAAGCCACCUACAACCAUUGCGGUUUCUCUUCAAGUGCAUGUCUCGCAAGGAGACGUACACGGCGGACAGGAUGAGGGCGGAGAUGAGCAACGUCGAUCGCGCCCUCACCGUGAAGAGCCUAGCGCUUGACGGAGCCCGAGACGGAGCAACUCAGACCGAAGCAAUGGGAGCGAAGAAUGGGGGAUCAGGGGAUGAGUUGCGUAGGGACGAUGACUUUAUCUACCUGGAGUAUUUUGACGAUUUCAAGUAG